AUGUCUCAGGGAGCCAAUGGAGAAUCAAAUAGAGAGUCUGAACCUCUCUUGAAUGGGUAUUCGUCGUUUGGCAGCGAGUAUUUGGACUCAAGAAGGCCUUCUUCGGGUCUCCCCUCCAUAGCGAGGUUAAGAAGUGGUACAAUCACCAGUAUAAGGAGCACUUAUGAGACUGUUAAGGAACAUAUGGAUAAGAAGAAGUUUGCCUAUUUAGUGCUGGCGAGUCUUUUCCUUUAUUUGGGGUUUGUGGGAGCAUUUGCACCUAGAACAUCGUUGGCAAGAGACCUUAGACGAAUUCAUGCAUCCAGGCUGACAGAUGCAGAGGUUUACAGGAUAUAUUUGAAUGCAUUGUACAGCGAGAACCAUGCUGGUGAACAUCUAAAAAAUUACACGAGUCAAUUACAUGGUACUGGCGAUGCCCAUGUGCUAGACUACACAGUAUCUGAACUUCGAAAGCUGGGAUUCGACCCAAAACUGGAAAGGUACUAUCCGUGGGUUAGUGAGCCAGUUGAUACGCAAGUGGCUCUCUAUGUUGAUGACACAAUCACUUUUAAUGCGACUUUAAAGGAAGAAUGCGUAGCAGAGGAUCCUUCCAGCUGUAAUCUAAUCGAAAAACGUGCUUAUCAUGGUUACUCUGCUAGUGGGAAUGUUACAUCCCAGUACAUCUUUGCUAACUACGGAAGUUUGGAGGACUACACUUUCCUGCUCGACAAUGGAGUCGAUAUUGACGGCAAGGUUCAUGUCAUCAGAUAUGGUAAGCUAUUGCCUGGCCUCAAAGUAAAAAACGCCGAACUUUUUGGAGCUUCAGGUGUGUUAAUGUACACGGAUCCAUACGAUGAUGGUCGUAUAACCAAGAAAAAUGGUUUUAAGAUGUAUCCUGCCGGUCCCGCUAGACAUGAGAGCAGUAUCGAAAGGGGAUCUGUCGCCUUCAUGAAUUAUUUUCCAGGCGACCCAACUACACCAGGUUAUCCAUCAAAAUUUCCAGGCACAGAGCGGCUCUCUCCUGCAGGAAAGGUACCAACUAUCCCUUCUAUUCCAAUUAGUGCGAAGGAAAUUGCUCCUAUUUUACAGCUGCUCAAUGGUAAGGGUGUCCGUUUAGGUUCUGGUGGUAACAUUGAUGGAUUCGAAUAUUUCAGCGGACCGUCUGACUUAAAUGAACAGGUUAAACUAUACAAUCAGCAACACAAUUCGAUCAUCGAAAUCACGAACGUGAUCGUGGAGAUCUCAGGAAUUUUCUCAGAAUAUGAUAUCUUAAUCGGAAACCAUCGAGACUCUUGGACUGCAGGUGGAGCAGGAAGCCCUAAUAGUGGCAGCGCAGUUUUGCUUGAGAUUGCCCGAGGGAUGUCGGAGCUGUUAAAACAUGGUUGGAAACCUUUGAGACCUGUAAAGCUGAUUAGUUGGGAUGGAGGAGAGUUAAGCAUGCUGGGCUCUUCUGAAUAUGUUGAAAAUCACGCCGAAAUCCUCAAGAGGAGUGCACUUGUCUAUCUAAACCUCGAGUCAGCAAUAACUGGAAGUCAAUUUUCGUGCAAGUCUAAUCCCCUACUCGAAGAUGUGAUACGUAACGCGGCCAAGUAUACCGAUUUGGGAGACGGUGAUGAGGGAACAUUAUAUGACGAGUGGAAGAGAGCUACAAACUUAACAAAUGAUCAUCUGGAUGGUAUAGCAGAUUACGUACCAUUCCAGUAUCAUUUGGGAAUACCUUCUGCCAGUUUUGAGUUCAGCAAUAACAAGACCUGCGACGCAGUAGUUCCAUACCAUUCAAUCUAUGACACCUAUACUUGGAUGGAAAAAUUUGUUGAUAAAGAUUAUAGACACCAUAACACCUUGGCGGUCUUAACUGGUAUGACUUCGUUAAUGUUGUGUGAGAGAGAACCAACUGUUUUCAAAGUACAUCCCUACUUCAAAGAUAUCAACAAGUGGUACCAAAAAUGGCAUCAAGAGGUUUUAAGUCUGUUCCCAAGCGAUAGAGAAUUACGUGAAACUGCUCAAACAGUAGCAGAUAAUUUGCAAGGCGUAACCUUUAAUGAAACAAUUCUAUUUGACACGCAAAACAUAGAGCUCAAUGAUCUUUGUACGAGAGAUUUCGCAACGUACGAGUUUUACAAGAAGAUCCGCAUAUAUCUCCAAUUGAUGAGAGCUAACAACAAACUGAAGCAGAUAGAUCAGAUGUUUUUAACCCACAGAGGACUCCUCGAAAGACCUUGGAUGAAGCACUCCAUCUAUGCACCGGAUAGACUUACAGGCUACGACGUUGAUGUUCUACCUGGUCUUCACGAAGCCCUUCUGGACCACGAUCGCGACGGUGUACUUCAAUGGCUAUCAAUCCUUCUGACGCAGAUAAGCAACGUUAAAUCCUUACUUCAAUAA